CCUGCACACCGCUCACUUUAUUAAUAAUUCACCUAAUAAUUCUGCACUUCGACGCUGCCCCCGCCUUCUCCGUAAACAACUGCCCCAAUUCUUGUCUAUUAUUUUGUCUGUGCAUGUGUGCGUAUGUGCGUGUGCGUGGACAAGGGGGGCACGGCGCUGAGGUGAGCUUUAUAGUGGCGGAUAUUUUUGGGGAGGGAAGUGUAAGCUAUCUGUCGUCGUAGCCGGAGCGCACGGAGAGCUUCCAUUUUACGCACCGAGGCGCCCGGAGCCCCGCCGAAGCCCGGACCGACUGCGUGUCUGUGUGCAGGCAUUCUGCUGUCAGCGGAUCCAGAAAAGCACCGAUUUGAAGAAGAGCGACGCAAGCUGCUCUUUCAUCUCGUCAGCUUUGAGGAGGAGGCGACGAGGGACCAGGGGUGUCCCCCCGUUUGUGUGUAACUCUGCGUGUGUGCGUGGACGUGUUUGUGUGUGUUUGGAACAAGAGAGAGGAGAGAGAGAGAGAGAGAUACGAGGGUAAAACAGAUCGGACGCGCGGCGCACGAGACAGCCGCUUUUGGACACGUUUUGGAUAAAGAAGCUGCCCGACUGCAAAGGCUACGCACGGGAAAAAAAUAAUAUAAAGAUAACUUACUUUCCAUCACCUUUCCCGUCCAUUUAUUUUAUUAUUAUUAUUUUUUUUUUUUUUUUUAAACCGUGUUAUUAAUAUUGUUUCGGGGAGUUUUUUAGCGUCUCCCAAUCUGCUGGACAAGUUUGGCUGCUGAAGAACGCACCUCGGGACUUUGACGCAGACGUCUCCGUGACUUCUUUCUGCUGGACAUGGGCGCAUCUGAGGCCAAACAUCGGUAGACGAAGGGCUCGGAGCUGCUGUCCUGUUUUCCUCCUAUCUCUUGCAGAGUGCACUUUUGAAAGAGCGUGUGUUUUUUUUGUAUCUGGGCCUAAGGCCGACUUGUUUAAAGGUCCUUUUUUUGCUUCCGGCAACAGCGAAGAGACCAAGUCUUCCUCCCUCAGCCCGCACUCCCUCUCUCACUUUUUUGGAAGCUGAACUUUUAAAGGAAAAUGGGGCAUUGAGAGGGUUGGCAGAUCUCCCCACGCUAUAAUGGCUACUGACACCUACCUGGUAAACGACGAUCCUGCUAGAGGCCCAGGGAUGCCUGAAUGUUUCCUCGUGUCUGAUACGUAUAGGGAUGAAUUCCACCCCUUCAUUGAGGCCCUGCUGCCCCAUGUCCGCGCCUUCGCCUACACCUGGUUCAACCUGCAGGCCCGUAAGCGCAAAUACUUUAAGAAGCACGAGAAGCGCAUGUCCAAGGAGGAAGAGCGUGCAGUGAAGGAUGAGCUGCUGGGGGAGAAGCCAGAGAUCAAGCAGAAGUGGGCCUCGCGCCUGCUGGCCAAGCUCCGCAAGGACAUCCGGCCUGAGUUCCGUGAGGACUUUGUGCUCUCCAUCACGGGUAAAAAGCCCCCCUGCUGCGUCCUGUCCAACCCUGACCAGAAGGGCAAGAUCCGUCGCAUCGAUUGCCUUCGCCAGGCCGACAAGGUGUGGCGACUGGACCUGGUGAUGGUCAUCCUGUUCAAGGGCAGCCCCCUGGAGAGCACAGACGGGGAACGGCUGGUCAAGUCGCCACAGUGCACCAACCCUGGCCUGUGUGUUCAGCCGCACCACAUCGGAGUGUCCGUCAAGGAGCUGGACCUCUACCUGGCCUACUUCGUCCACACGCCAGAAUCCGGACAAUCAGACAGCUCCAGCCAACAGGGGGACACAGACAUCAAACCACCGCCCAAUGGGCACCUGAGUUUCCAGGACUGCUUUGUCACCUCAGGGGUGUGGAACGUGGCAGAGCUGGUCAGAGUGUCACAGACUCCUGUAGCCACGGCAUCAGGUCCUAACUUUUCUCUAGCCGACCUGGACAGCAGUCCCAGCUACUACAACAUCAACCAGGUGGCUUUGGGGCGUCGCUCCCUCACCUCCCCUCCUUCCACCAGGUCUGAGGUGGAGUUGUACGCAAAUCUUCCACGGAGCUCCACCAAGAGGAAGUCGUUAGACGAUAGCGAGCUGGAGAGCCCUACAGAUGAUGUUUUCUACCCUGGACGCUCGCCCGCUGCCAGCUCCUCCCAGUCCAGUGCGUGGCCCAACGACAUGGAUGCAGUGCAGCACCAUUUGGCGAGUGUGCAGGAGAGGAAGAUAAAACAUGAAAACGAUGGCGUGCAGUUUCCUUACCAUGGACUGUCCUCGCCUGGUUCACUUAAGAAGCCGGGGAAGUUUGAUUUCAACGCCCUGACUUCCCAGACGAGGUCCCCCCGCAUGGCGUUCACACACCACCCGCUGCCCGUGCUGGCAGGAGUGAGACCAGGGAGUCCCCGUGCCUCAGCCUCAGCCCUGCACUUCCCCUCCUCCUCUAUCAUCCAGCAGUCCAGCCCGUACUUUACCCACCCCACCAUACGCUAUCAUCACCAGGACCCGCUUAAGGAGUUUGUGCAGUUCGUGUGCACUGACAGCACAGGACAGCCCAGCGCACAGCCUAAUGGAGGUGGCCAGAGCAAAAUGCCGGGCUCCUUCCUGCUGCCCCCGCCACCCCCGGUGGCACGCCCUGUGCCCCUCCCCAUGCCCGACUCUAAAACCAUCAGCACGCCCACUGACGGCGGACUCAGCUCACCCGCAUCUCCGUCAUACUCCACGCCAGGCUCCACAGCUCCCAACCGGUUUGUCGGCAUCGGAACACGGGACAACUUUCUGAAUAUCCCCCAGCAGACUCAGUCCUGGUUCCUCUGACAAGGCCUCUCUGAAUCAACAGCUAAAAUUGUGUCAUGAAAAUUGGAAUUUGAAAAAUAAACACAUCGCCGCUGAUUAUGAACAGACUGCUGACACUAAAAGGUCUUUCUCUCUCGCCAACACUAUUCAAAGUACUUCUACAAAAACCUGUAACAAACCCACCCCGCCCCAAGAGGACACCCAAUUCAAGGCAAUUUGAACAGGAACAUUCAUCCCCCUUUGUGCAGGAGGCUUCAAUGAAAUUGAGUGGACAGGCUCAGAAUGCAAGGAGGAGGAAGAGGAAGAUGAGGAACUGUCUCACACACACACUAUGAAAUUAAAGGAAACAGAAUAUGGCAACCUAACAAAUGACCAAUUAUACAUUUGUUGUAUCUUUUUUUACAAUUUUUUUUUUUCAUUUUGUUGUCUCCACAAUGAAACUCCAUGCAUUGGCUAGGAGAUCCAAGUACACAAAAAGUGACAAGAGGUCAAAACUGCAAGUUAAAAGCAUUGCCACCCAAAUUGCACGCCUUCAUAUCAUGUGUAUUUCUUCUCCAGGGACAAGAUCCCAUCUCAUCCAUCAGCCCACCUGGCACCCAGUGCUGCUCCCCAAACGCAGCUACAUGCCUGUGCAAUACGUCGCCACACUCUGCCCGCCACUUCUCCCGCUCAGCCUUGAGCCUUUUUCAUUUCUGAUUGGCCAAUCAUGGUGACACCAUGCAAUGGUGUGACAUAUAUGCACUAAGUGGCUAGUCUUUGUUUACCUGUCAAAAGUACAAGGGUGUCCUGCUGCAGGAGAAGUGAGAGCCAUAAGGCGAGUGCGAGCGAGUGAACACAUGACAGUCAUAACACUAACUCUACACGUGCUCUUUCGUCCCCUCACCUAUGCACUAUUAAUUUUUAAUAAGGGAUGAACAGUAUUGCACAUCAAAGGUCAGAUGAGCGAAUAAAGAAGUGACCGGAGAGUGAUGGUGACUGCAGGGAUGUGGCUGCGUUAAUGUUAAGUUUAAUCUCUGACACACACACACAGAAACAUGCACAUGCUUGCAUUACAGUACAUACAGACCAUUCUGUCCAGAUAGUCUGUGUCACAACCACUCAUAAAAUCAUCUUAUCAUUCAUAGACAUGACAUUUGAUUUACCGUAAUACACAACAUCAGCUUUAUAUUUUUGGCUUUUGUUUGUAGGUGUUUUCUUGCGAUUUCUUUUUUUGCCAGAUUGGUUUUGGUUUUGUCUCACUUGGAUUGUUUAAACCUUCUCUUGCAUGUCAUCACACCUUUUCUUUAGUUUGCAGUAACACGUUAAGGAUCAUGCUCAGUUUUCAGCGAAACAUAUUUCAAAGAAACAGUAACAGCAGUUUCUCAAAUCUCUCACGCACGACAGCACAGUAACAACAGCUCAUCACAUGCAUCCCUUGCAUUGCUUCAUCCUGUAACCCUUAGUCCAGUCACAGAAAAGCCCAGAGGAAUACACACACAGACAGACACGCACGCACGCAUGCAUGAACCAACCGCAACACAAUUUAGGUAUAUACACACUAACACUACCGUCAACAUGACAUACAAGAAUAAAGGGAAGCCUUUAUAUUUGGUUCUCCAAACUGCCUUUGUUAAUGGUUUUUCAUUCACUCAAGAUUUGUGUUUUUUAAUCUGAGAUAUUUUUUCUAUGUAAAUGUUCACAUUGAAAUUGCUAUUGGUAUUAUUUUCAUCAUGACACACUUCAACAAACGCCGACCUCACAAAAUAACUGGACUGCCUAGCUGUUGGUUCUGUUUUGCAGGGAUAGUAAACAGGGUUGAGACCCUUUUCUCAGCCUCUUUAUUAACAUUAGCUCUAUGUACUAAAACCUUAUAUCAAGACUAUAACAGUAUAUAAAGUGCCUCUGUAUUCCCUUCAUGCAAUUAGUAAUAAACUUGACUUCAGGUUCUCUUCCCACAUAUAAGCUAAAGCUACAGGGAAUGGUAGCAUUGGUGCAUGUGGAAACCAUUGGCCUAGGACAGAUCUUUAUAGAGGACUGCAAACUUUUUUUUGUAAAGACAGAGAGAGAGAUCUUAUACAUAUAUAUUUAUGAUAUAUGCUCCUUUUUAACUUUUGCUACAUGAGCUGGUUGGCAGUCUAGUUAUUUUCUGAACUCUCACUUUCUCCCCCCACUCGUUUCAGUAACAUCACCUUACUGUUACCAGUACGAAUCAAACGACACGCCAUUGCCAUCUGCAGCGCAGCAUUCUAAUACUUAGAUGAACAUGUCAGAAAUCGACAGUAGGUUUGAAGAAAAAAAAGUGUUUGUUUUUUGAUGGAAAGUAUUAUUAUUGAAAAAUAUGUGUCGAUUGAGCCACGUGCAAUGCAUUGGGUAGAUCAUUGUGUUUGUCUGUUAGAGAUUUUUAAGAAAGCUAAGAGAAAAGAGAAAAAAAAUGUAUUUGUUUCAAGUCCGUAAGCUCCAGGACUCUAAACUAGAGGGCCAUGAAAAAUCCUAGUCUUUGUAACUUGGGGGUAUUUGUUUUUAUUUCCUUUGUCUCUUUUUUAAUGUUUUAUGUGUAAUCAUUUGUUUAUAAAAAUGUGGGAGGGCUGAAGGAAAAAAAUUCUACACAACUUCAGAAAAAUUCUCUAUCAUCAGAUAAAAACUGGUGCUUUAACAUUAUAAAGUACUUUCAGAACUAUUAUAAAUGAAUGGUAAUGAACAAAAUAACAAACCAUUUAGGAAACAGCAUUAUUCCUCUCUCUAUUUGUAUUCUUCUAUUUGUAUGAGUGGGGGGAGAGGUUCCUAUUCCUUAAGGUUGUGACACAAAAGGCAUUUUGGUUCAACCUUUAGAAAAAAAUAAAAUAAACCUAUACUAUCAAGCCUAAGAAACUCUGUUCAGAUAAUUUAUGUUAACCCAUGCACUGCCUGAAACUCACCAGCAAGAAAAACAAAACAAUAACCCUCCCACUUCAAUUCAUUUUUAUCAUGCAUCGAUUCACGACAAGGUCCUCCCUGUAACCACGGGAGGCACUUCACAUCCAGGAAUCGUUUUAUUCCCAUGGUCAUCUUGAAAAGUUUCUGAAUCUAAUCUCAGCAGGUUGUGUUGAGACACACUUGAUACAAGCUGUAAGUGGAAGGAGAACAGACACAGAAAAGGAGCUGAGAAUCAGGCAAAAUAUGAGUCUGAACCAUUAAUAAAACAGGCAGCAAGGUGAGCCUCUCCCCAGUUCCACCCCCUCCUCUGUAAAUGACUCUUAUAGUGCUUGUGCUGUAGUGUAUAGUUUCCCAGCAGUUAAAGGUUGUCCCUUAAAAGUGCCUUUUGUUCACAGACUCCAUUUUGUAAUCCAGAUCGCCCUUUUCGAAAUGGCUCGAGGUAGCGGGUUGCCCCUGAGUGCCGCAAGGAGGCAAGAAGUCGUCACCAUUCAGCACCCAGGGACAACUUUUUCCUUUGCCUUCGAAAUGAAUCCCCUCCAUUGUACCUCCCCUAUAUCCUCUCUUCCUUUUCAAAGCCGUAUAUAUAUAUAUAUAGUACAAAAGGAAACUGGUGUGAAUUAGUUCUUUACUUUUUAUUGAUAAAUGAUGAAAAAAAAAUUUUUGAAAAGGCAAAAAAACUUGUUCUCGUUCAGCUCUUGCUUUUUUCUUUCCCUCUGUCUCCACUGUCUGUUUUCCCUUAGACACUGGAGUAGUCUGUAACUGUGUGUCCGUCACUCUCUGUUUCUCUCUCUCUUUCUCAAUCUCUCUCUUUCUCUCUCUCUCUCUCUCUCUCCCACCCUCUCAGCUGUUGGGAGGGUUAAAAAAAAUAUUGCCGAAAAACUUUUGUCUGAGCAGAAUGCAGUUAGCUCACAUGUUAUUCUUGUCUGUAUGCUUCACAUUGUAUUACCAUACCCAUCUCUUCAGCUUCUCCAUUCAACAGCUAAUGUAAGUGAACAAAUUACGCUGACGGGCUUUUGGGGGUGUCCUUGGGUGGGUUAGGAAGGGAAGGCAGGGGUUCAGGGGUUUGUGUCGAAGAGGUCUACAGAGAAGACAAUGGGGUCAAGAGGGCUCAAUGAACUCCUUUGGGAUGUUGUGAAAGGGGCUGCUUCAACUAGGCUAAGAGUUUGCUCUUUUGUUUUUGCUAUUUAUUUUUUGCUUUGUUUUUUCCCCUUUUUUUUUUCCUUUUUAAUUUGGAUUUCUUUUAAUAUUUGCUAUCAGGGUAUGCUGUCGAUGAGGCUCUCUUUGAAGAUGCCUUGGACUGUAAAUGAAAGCUACAAGCACCUUAUAACCGGACUCGUCCUGCAUGAGGCUGAAAAGGGGGAGGUUGCAUUUCCAGGACAUAUCCCACAUCCUAUCCAAUCAAUCUUGUAAAGUGAAGUAUUAUUUUCUUGGUGGGUUCAGCAGUAUUAGUCAUUUAUAAUAACAUACCAACCAGACAGAUAAAAGGCCAGCGUGAACCUGAUCUCUCAGAUUUUGAGGAUUCAGGGAAGUCCCUCCAUUAUCCUCCUCUGACCACCUCAUGCUGGACUGCUCCGUAUCUUUGUUAUGUUGUUUAUUUUGUUCUCUUUGGUGACUGGUGUAUGGUUAUUAGUGUAAUAGGCAGCACCCUAGGUCCCUGACUCCCAGCUCUUCUGCGCCUCUGUCUGUGCCCUCAGUGCAGCACCACUUCUUUGUGAGAACACCCCCAGAGCUCUAGGUGAAAUGCAUGUGUUAAUUACAGUUUCUUUUCCAUAAGAAGAAAAACACAGUUUGAGAAGAGCAGUACCUGAUUGAAUAAAAAGGAUGUUCUUGACUGUA